AUGACUCAUGCGGAAGCGUGGACAGGCUCUCGCCUCAGGAAAAAAGGCUCUCUCGGCGCUUCUGGGAGCUCCGCGGCGGUGGGCAGUACCGGCUGCCUCCGGCACCUCUCAGGGAGUCUCGGACGUGAGGCCGGAGGCCCCACUCCCCGCGGAGCCCAGAUGCCCGUCCAGCCUCCAAGCAAAGACACAGAGGAGAUGGAAGCAGAGGGCGACUCAGCCGCCGAGAUGAAUGGGGAGGAGGAAGAGAGCGAGGAGGAACGGAGCGGCAGCCAGACCGAGUCCGAGGAGGAGAGCUCAGAGAUGGACGAUGAGGGCUACGAGCGCCGCCGCAGCGAGUGCGUCAGUGAAAUGCUGGACCUGGAGAAGCAGUUCUCGGAGCUGAAGGAGAAGUUGUUCAGGGAACGGCUGAGUCAGCUGCGGGUGCGGCUGGAGGAGGUGGGAGCUGAGAGGGCGCCCGAAUACACAGAGCCUCUCGGGGGGCUGCAGCGGAGCCUCAAGAUCCGCAUUCAGGUGGCAGGGAUUUACAAGGGCUUCUGUCUGGACGUGAUCAGGAACAAGUACGAGUGUGAGCUGCAGGGAGCCAAGCAGCACCUGGAGAGUGAGAAGCUGCUGCUCUACGACACCCUGCAGGGGGAGCUGCAGGAGCGGAUCCAGAGGCUGGAGGAGGACCGCCAGAGCCUGGACAUCAGCUCUGAGUGGUGGGAUGACAAACUGCACGCCAGAGGCAGCUCGAAGACCUGGGGCUCCGUGCAGCCCAGCAAGAGGAAGAAGGCCCCUCUUGUUUCCGGCCCUUACAUCGUGUACAUGCUGCAGGAGAUCGACAUCCUGGAGGACUGGACAGCCAUCAAAAAGGCAAGAGCAGCCGUGUCCCCUCAGAAGAGAAAAUCAGAUGCCCAGCCUCCAGGAAAGGAGCCCAGAGGGAGGCAGGGACUGUGUCAGAUCAGUGACCUGAGAGAGUCAGGACGGUCUGGGUGUGAGGGCAUUGUGGGAGCUACGGUGGGGGACCUUGACCCUGCUGUUCACAGCCAGGGGGCCCUUGGAGCAGCUGGCAGCAAACCCAGCAUUUGA